UCUUCCCCGCACGAAAUCGAUCGGGAGACCAAACCCUAACUGUCUUCGCCGAUCCCUUCCUUUCGAAACCCCCAAUAUUCGCUCGAUCGAUCCAUGGGAGGACAUGGAGGGCUCAACAUAUUGCCGCAGAAGCGGUGGAACGUCUACAACUACGAGAACCGCGAGAAGGUCCGUAAGGACGAGGAGGCCGCAGCUCGCGAGGAGCAGCUCCAGCGCGAGCAGUCCCGACGCCGUGACGCCGAGUUCCGCCUCGACCGCCUUCGGCGUGCCCGUGGCCUUCACCACCAACAACCCCCCUCCGUCGACGAUUCCCGCCACUUCAACCUCUUCGACGGCGUUUCUGACUUCUCCUCCCUCGGUGGCGCCCAGGACAAAGUGGCCACCCGUGACGGCAAGAGAUUCAAGAAGGAGGAGGCCGAAGAGGGCGGUUCCAAGAGCUCCAAGAAGCGGCGGAGAGAGGAUGCGCCAGUGCCGGUGGCGCCGGAGGACGAGAAGUAUAAGCUGGGGUAUGGGCUGGUCGGGAAGGGGGUGAAGGCGCCAUGGUACCUCUCACGGCCGUCGGCCAUGUCGUCGGAGGCCGUUGAUGAAGAAAUUGCCGGUUCCAGGGUUGCUAGUGUUUCCGGGAAGAAGACUGCAGGGAAGAAGACGAUAGAGGAGCUGAGGGAGGAGAGGAUGAAGCGAGAGAAGAAAGAAAAGGGGAGGGAGCGGGCGCUUCUGGCUGCCACACGGAAAAAUGGUCCUGAUCGAGGGUUUUCAAGGAAGAUUUGAUUUUUCUCUUACCCACCAAGCUUAUAGCGACGCUCAUCGGACAGAGUGUUCAGAUUCUCAUCAAUCUACAACAAGUUGGUGUAAAUAUCUUGAUGAUGCUCUUGUUUCAUGAAACUGCAAAAAAUAACAGAAAGAGAGAGAGAGAGUAUAUACAUCUUCUACUAAAGCUGAAUAUAGAGUUAUGUCCUCGGUUUGUUAUGAAAUUAUUUGGCUUCAAA